AUGCACAGCAUAGGAGAGGACGACAGCCGAAGCCAUGGACGGUUUCUCCUCUUUCCAUCCAGAUAUGUUCGAUUUGGAUGCCCUCUCGUCUCCAUCUGCGAAGAGUUUGAUGGUAGGGAGGCCGCUCUGUCUGAUGAGGAGAUGCGACUUAUAACGACUGAGCUUUCCCGGGAGCUUUCUAAUUGCGCCCCUCAGCUAGAUCUCAUCGAGGUCAUCUUCGCUUCAGACGCAAUGUUCUACAUUGUGCUGAACAAUGAAGCCAAUCUAACCCCUAUUCGUCCUCAACUCCCCGGCGUGAUCGCAAAUUGCGUUGCUGGCUACUGCCUUGAGAGGCAUUUUGAUAGACCAGAUUGGCGGGACUGGAAGGAGAGAGAGACACCCGCCUGUAUCCCGAUCAAACGGGGGCCGGUAUUUGGCAUGAUUUCCGGAACCAGGACUCCCACUUCUGCACCGUCGACAGCGGCCUGUACGACCUCAGGCAUCCUGGUGAAGAACACGAAAGACCAGCACUUUCUGACUGUUUCGGCGCAUGGAAUUGGACGAGGAGAUCCAACCGCCUACUUCAGUCUCUCCACCGGCCAGAUGCAACCCAUUGGUAGGGCUGUCGCUCAGGUCCCCUUCACCGACGUGGCCCUCAUCGACCUCAAAAGGACCAACUUUCAUCAGCAGCUUUUCCCGGACACUGGACGUGUGCUACCGGUAAGGAGACUGUUUGGUGAGGACCCCAGCGAUCAACUGGACUGGAACCAUAUGGUCCGUUUCAGAAGUCCGGUCGCUAAUGAUUUGGACGGCGUCAUCGUCGCCAAAUCCGCCAGGCCAAAGAUCAACCCUUUUAAUAUCGACGAGCCUUUUCAGUGUGUGGUCUACCACUGGGCUUUCACUGGCCAGGUUGAAGACGCCGGGGAUGACGACAUGGCGCCGAGACCUGCUGUCGGCACGUCAGGGGCUGCCGUGGUGGAUGAGAAGGGCAUUUGCGUGGGCUUGUUUGAUCAUUUCAUUAUUCAGGGGCCAUGGGCUGGAUUUUCUGUCAUUCUUAGUGCAAGCGAAUUGGUAAAGGCCGGAUACCGGCUGGUUGGAGGGGAGGUGCCGGAGGAGGACCUGUACACAUGGGCAAAGACUCCGAGGUUGCGCAGAUAG